GUUCGGACGGCUGCUCCCGUCCCUCCGGAGGGACCUGAGCAUUUCUGUAUAUAUAUAAGAACAUGAUCUUAUGAGAAAAAUGAGAACGAAUCAGGACCGUUAGAUUUGCUUUAUGUGAAAUUCAAUGUGCAUUAGAUAAAGCUGUAAUGUGUAUAAGGUGAAAUUGAAAUGUGCAUCACAAAGGGUACGAUAUAGUGGCAUUAUGUGAAGCUAAAUUGUGCAUUAGGUGAACUUGAAAUGUGCACUAGAUGAAACUAAAAUGUGCAUAAUAAAAUGUACGAUGUAAUGUUAUUUUUGUACCUUUUAUUUUGCACAUUUCAGUUUCACCUAAUGCACAUGUGAGUUUAAAUGUUUAUUUUGCACAUUUCAACAUCAUCUAAUGCACAUUUUGGUUUCACCAAAUGCACAAUUCAGUUCCACAUAAUUCAAUCCAACGGUCCAGAUUCGUUCUCAUUUUUCUCCUAAGAUCCGUUCUUACCGGAACCGCUCCCUAUAUAUAUACACACACACACACAUAUAUAUACAUACAUAUAUAUAUAAGCCACUAUGGAUAUCUAUAGAAUAUUUAUGCUGCUUUAUCAACCGCCAACCAUCUUAGUAUUGCGACACACUUUUAUUGUCUGAUUCAUUUUUGCGCAUUCAGUAUUAAUUUGCUACUGUAUUUAUUUCUCUGUUUUUGAAUGACUUUCAGGUGGACCAAAGUAUAUAAGGUAAAUUAAAGUAUAUAAGGUGUUCUAUGAAAUGUUUAUAUGAGAAAAGCAUAUUAGUUUUUAUAGUUCACCUUAUCUGUUUUAGUUUUUUUUAAGUUAGAUGAUAUACAAGUUGGUUAAAUAACUGAAUGUGAUUAUACUAAACCACAGUUUUAUUUUUUUUUGUUUAGUUAUACACGGUUGGCUUACUAAGUUUUUGAAUUCAACAUUUUUGGAUAUGAUAUACUUUUUGUAUGUGCUCACCAUUUUCACAUUCAUUGUUCUCAAUCAGUUUUUUGAGCUAAAUUACAACUACAAUAAUAGACUCUAAAACUAGGCAUAAAUCUUAAUUUGAUUGGCUUGGAGUAGUUUAUAGCAGAAAUCAAAUACAACUUUUGUAAUACUCCCUCCGUCCCAAAAACAACUUCACAAUUUGACAAUCACAUAGAUUAAGAAAAUAAAUUUGACUUUACUGUUGGGUGCACUGUUUUGCACUGUUCAAACACUGUUUGAACACUGUUUGACACUGUUUGGCACUGUUUUGAUGUAGAUAAUUUGCCAAAUAAGGAAAGUAUUGAAGUGUGAAGUUAAUUUAGGGACAUCCAUUUAAGGAAAGUGAGAAGUUGUUUUUGGGACGGGGGGAGUAGAGUUUAGUAUUGCAGCAACAAAUAAACACUCUAGAUAUUAAUAGCUCAAAUUGCCUUCUGCCUGCCAUGGCACAUCAAAUCGGCACAUUCAAUCUAUCUCGCUGUGUAUAGGUAAUGCUCCAUCCAGUUUCCUCCAAUACGAUUAUUAUGUUUUAGCCAAUUUUUGGCUAUAGAAUCUUGAUUACCUUAACUUGUAUGUUCCAAAUUUUGUUUCAUUUUAUCUUGGUUAAAGUUGAAUUAUAAUUACAAUUCACUUUUCCUUUCCUUGAGACUACACUGUUUUAACUUUGUCGAAGUGAUAGAAAAAAAUAUGUCCAACCCUUUUCAAAUUCUUAGUAGCCAUUCUCAUUCUUAAGAGUUUUUUCCUAAAAUUAUGUUAAAUAAAAAAAUAUUUACUAAAAUAAGGUCUAGUUAAAAGUAUUUCCCAAAAUACUGCUCCCCUAAAUUCUGAUUAUAAGAACUGCCACUUGAAGUGGCGGCUUAUAGGAGUAACAUACGUAACAACGCAAUAAGCAUGCGAAAAGAAGAUGGGAUAGUGGACCCACCAAAACAAAAAAUAUCAUUUUUUAAUUCAAACUGAAAUAAGUUUUAUAUUUGUAUUCUGAUUAUUACAAAAAAUAUACCAAAAUUCAUAACUUUUUAUUAUCUUCCAUAUGACAUCAAUAUCGAAUACAUAAAAAUAAAAAAAUAAUUUAACACUUUAAAAAAUAUACUACGUAUGUUUAGGGAAGCCGCAUUUUGGGAAAUACUUUUAACUAGACCUUAUUUUGGUAAAUAUUUUUUUUAUUUAACAUUAUUUUAGGAAAAAACUCCAUUCUUAAAGUGCAUUUUGAAGCGCUUCUACAAAUCUGAACAAAGGCCUCCGUUUUAGACAACUUUCUGAUGGCUUUUUUUGUUCAUAGUAAACCUUUGUUUCUGGAACAGAGGCUUGCUUAGAAACAAUGUUUUAGGAUUAUAGUGGACUGUUUAUAUAAAUCAACUUUAUUGUCCAAAAGUUAUUUUAAUUUGAAAGUAAACAUAUAUAUGAAAGUUAUUUUAUUGUAAACAUAUAUACAAAAGUAGGAGUCUGCUCAUAAUAUAGCAGGAGAUUACUAGCAUUUAUGUGCUCAAGAAUCUUACCCUAAGUCAGCAAAAAAUGAGGGUUUCAGUUCUUUAUUGUGACUUUUCACUCUAUAUGUUACACUAUCAAUGUACCUCUGUAUUAACCAUUAAACUUUUGGAUUGGAUUUUCUACCUAUAUGAGUAUGUUUUGUUUUUGUAGAUAUAAACUAAGAUUCCAUAUGCCUAUAUUUUAAACAAAACUAAACUUCUUCAUGCCUACUUUUGGAUUGGAUUUUCUACCUAUAUGAGUAUGUUUUGUUUUUGUAGAUAUAAACUAAGAUUCCAUAUGCCUAAUUUUUAAACUAAACUAAACUUCUUCAUGCCUACUUUCCAUCAAUUUAACAAAUAAGUAAUUCAUAUUUUUGGGAUUCUUUAAUCAAAACUUCAAAUUCAGAACAUAGUGAAUGCAAGAGAAGAAAAAUUGCAAAUAUUUCCUUUGUGCAUGUUCUAAACUCAUAUCCGGAUAAGGAAGAAAAUGAUCAAAGAAAAAGAAGUGCAUUUUCUUUUCUUACUCCCAUUUAUGUGCUCAAGAAUCUUAGCCCCAAUAAACAAAAAAAAAAAGUUAAUAUCAAAGAAGCACUUUUAAAAAUCAAAAUUACUGUUCUUCAAAAUCUUAUAGCCCAAGAGUAGCUGAAACUACCUUUAAUUUCUGUUGGGUAUGCAUGUUUUCUUAGUAUGUUUGGUUACUGCCUAUUUUGUUUGAACCGAUUCUUUAUUUUAUUGUUUUACUAAAAAUCUUUUUUCACGUGUAGCCUAGAAAUUAAAUGAAGAAGAAUAAGAAAGUGGGAAACAUUCUUUUGAAGAAGUGUCUGGACUUGCUGAACUAUACAUUCUAUCAUAUGGAAUUAGGUGCUAGGGAAUUUGUCUCAACAAUGAAGUUAAAAAACUACUACUUAACUAAUAGCAUAAAAAACACCAACUAAUAAAGGAGCAUAAAGAUGUUUUCGCCUGGAGCCACGACGACAUGACGGGGAUUGACCCGCAAGUGAUCACUCAUAAACUGAAUGUCAACCCUGCACAUAAACCUGUCAAGCAGAAAAGACGACGUUUCGCCAGGGAAAGGAACGACAUCAUCAAUCAAGAAGUGGAGACACUACUACGCACCGGUAAAAUCCGCGAGGUAAAUUAUCCUAAUUGGCUUGCUAACGUUGUUGUAGUGCAGAAGAAAAAGGGCCACCAAAAGGGCAAAAAACUUAUGUGGAGGGUAUGCGUCGACUUCACUGAUUUGAACAAGGCAUGCCCGAAAGACUCAUUCCUGAUGCCGCACAUUGACGUCCUCGCAGAUGCCACAGCAGGACACGAAAUGUUGACAUUCAUGGACGCUUUCAGCGGUUACCAUAAAAUACAAUUACACUUGGAGGACCAAGAGAAGACCGCAUUCAUCACCGAGACAGGUACGUAUUGCUAUGUUGUCAUGCCCUUCAGUUUAAAAAAUGCAGGUGCCACUUUCCAAAGAUUGGUCACCAUGAUCUUCAAAGACCAACUGGGGAAAACCCUGGAGGUAUAUAUUGACGACAUGCUAGUCAGAUCCAAAAAGGCAACGGACCACAUCGAUCACCUGCGGAACUCUUUCCAGAAGUUGCAAGAAUACAAUUUGAAGCUUAAUCCUGUCAAGUGCACGUUUGGGGUGUCGUCAGGAGAAUUCUUAGGCUACAUUGUCAGCGAAAGGGGGAUAGAAGCUAGUCUGGAACAAGUCCGGGCCAUAUUAGACAUUGAAUCUCCCAAAUCAAUCAAAGAUGUCCAGAGACUGACCGGACGAGUUGCAGCACUCAACAGGUUCAUAUCAAAGUCGUCAAACAGGUGCCGACUUUUCUAUGAUGUCCUCAGAAAAAAUAAAAAAUUCGAAUGGACGGAACAACAUGAAAAAUCCCUACAACAACUAAAGGAGUACAUGACGACACCACCUCUACUGACGAAACCCAAGGAUAGCAAGGAACUACAUCUAUAUCUGGCAGUGUCUGAACAUGCUGUCAGCGCGGUUUUGACCAGAGAAGAAGACGGAUAUCAAACACCAGUUUACUAUGUAAGUAAGUCAUUAAACGGGCCGGAAUUCAGGUACGCACUUUUAGAAAAGCUAGUACUAGCAUUAAUUACAGCAUCCGUAAAAUUGCGUCCUUAUUUUGAAUCACAUUCUAUUUGCGUCCGUACUAACUAUCUCAUGAAGUCCAUCAUGAGGAAACCAGAACUGACAGGUCGAAUGAUCAAUGGUCAAUACAGUUAGGGGCAUACGACAUCAAGUAUGAACCCAGAACAGCUUUGAAGUCGCAAGCCUUAGCUGAUUUUGUGGCAGACUUCAGCCCCAAACUACAAGUAGAGGCGGAAAGGGAAGUAUGCCUUCUGAUAGGGGAACAACACCAACAUUAGUGGAUACUACAUACUGAUGGAGCCUCGAACAUGCACGGAGCAGGCCUUGGAGUCAUGUUGAAGUCACCACAAGGGGCACCAUACUACAAGCUGUCCGGUGUGAUUUCAACGCAACAAACAACGAAUCGGAGUACGAGGCAUUGAUCUUCGGACUAAACUUAGCCCGAAACUUGGGCAUAAAACUAAUCGAGGUAAAGUGCGAUUCCCUUUUAAUUGUUAAUCAAACUAAUGGGGUUUAUGCAGCUAAGGACCCAAAGAUGACGGCAUAUCUGCAAGUCGUCACUGAGUUGAGCAACAAUUUCGACAACAUCACCUUUGAUCAAGUCCCGGGGGAGGAAAAUGUCCAGGCUGAUGCCUUAGCAGCAAUCAGAUCAUGUCUGGGGGCAGAGAGCAACGACAACAUACCAUUCGUCCAUUUCACUGAACCAGCAAUCAUGAAGACGGAAGUUGUCAACAUCAUUGAAUCAACUGCUGACAGCAACUGGAUGCAGCCAUAUGCGAACUAUCUCAAACACAACAUCCUCCCAGCUGACAAAAGAGAAGCAAGAGCACUCCUAUCAAAGGUAACGAAGUUUUUGUUAAUUGAUGACGUUUUGUUUAAACGUUCAAAAACAGGUCCAUAUCAAAGGUGCUUAUCCCCACAAGAAGCUGUCAAAGCACUCAAAAGCCUUCACGAAGGAGAAUGUGGCAACCACGCAGCAGGAAGAAGUCUGUCAAACAAGGCACUAAGGUUCGGUUACUAUUGCCACAUACACCCGAGCUUGUCAACCUUGUCAGAAGCAUGCACCAUUGCAUCAUCAACAUGCAGAAUCACUCCACCCUGUCCUAUCUCCAUGGCCUUUUAUGAAAUGGGGUAUGGACAUCGUAGGAAAGCUCCCUGAGGCACCCGGGCAAAAAGUCUACAUGUUGGCAAUGACAGGCGACUUCUCAAAAUGGAUCGAAGCGGAACCCUUCCGACAAAUCCGCGACACCCAAGUGAUAUCUUUUAUUAAAAGAAAUAUAUUGAGAAGAUUUGGCAUUCCGUUAGAAAUCGUCUACGACAACAUAUCACAAUUCAUCAGCAUCAAAACAAGACGGUUCUGUGAGAAGUACAAUAUCAAACUGGAGAUGUCGACGCCUCGUUACCCACAAUCAAAUGGACAAGCCGAGUCAAGCAACAAAAUCAUCAUUUCAAAUUUGAAGAAGCGACUUGAAAAGGCACAAGGAAAGUGGGCCGAAGAGCUGCCCCUAAUAUUAUGGGCAGACAGGACGACACCAAAAAAUGCUACGGGACAAACACCUUUCUCACUGGUCUAUGGGUGCGUAGCUGUCAUUCCAGUCGAGGUUGAAGUGCCAACAUCUAGGUACGGGCUUAUCACAGAGGAAUCAAACAACGUAGAGCUGGUUCACGACCUCGACACCAUUGACGAAUUAAGAGAAAAAGCUAGAGUGCAAAUGGCAGCCUAUCAACAAAGGGUGGCAAGAAGUUACAAUAAAGACGUCCGAGCUAAAGUAUUCAGGAAAGGAGAUUGGGUGCUUAGGAAAUCCUUUGGCAAUGAGGCAAUCGGAAAGUUUAGUCCCAACUGGGAGGGCCCAUACGAAAUCACAGAAGUCGUCGGACAGGGGGCAUAUCAGCUGCGAUCCGUCGACGGUAAGCAAGCGCCGAGGAGCUGGAAUGCAGUACACUUAAAACCCUUUCAUUUUUAAUGUGAUUAACAUAGUCAAUAUGCCUUUCUUUCACAUUCGUUACUAACUUAAGCAUCGGAGGGCCGUUGGCUAAAAGCCAACGACCAGAUUUUGACAAUGUCUUUGUAUGCAGGAUGUUGACAAAACACAAAACAGUCAAUACACAUAGCGACAACCGCUAACACAAUCCCCUAAACAAGGGAAGGUGGGGUCAGCUCGAGUCUUUCAUAUGAGAAAUAUGAGCCACGAACCGAGAAGCCCUACAUGUUUUGGCCAAAACUACACAAAACAAACAGACAGAUCAUACAUCACAAAUGCUGACAGCAUCAAAGUCAGACAAACACAAAACUACAAAAGUACGCAACAAAAGCGUGACAACAUUAGCUCCAAAACAUAAGGAGACGCUACGAACGACAUGGAUACAAAUCAUAAACACUCAUGUUGACAACAUUGACAAAAUUACAAACGACACGUUAUUUAAAGUUUUUGCAGGUUAUGGAUUAUGUUCACACAACCCAACUUGUAAUCUUUGACGACGGAUGAUGUCCCCUUUUCCAACUGGAAUGUCGACAUCAACAUGAGAGAUGAUGCAAAUUUCCAUCAUCUAUUCGUCAGCACAACUUUUAACGGAAAGGGACAAAAUUCUAGCUCAUUGUUUCUGUCAAGAAGACGGAUCUGAUCAGAGGUUAUUCGAAAGAAGGGCGGAAACAUUUUGUCAAAAAGUUGAUCAACAUGUCACGAUGGGAUAAGUCAAGGUGCGAACAGUACUUUCAAAUUUUCGACAAGUUGUUGCUGAAUAUAUCGACAUGUGUAUCAUUCGCCUUUACUUCUCGAAAAGGGGGCAAUUGUUGGUACACGGGUUUGAAGGCCUGGACUACAUUCAAAAAGGGUUGACCAUAGCAAUUAAUGACACAUUCAUUAGGAUUAAUGCUAGCUAAUUAAAUCUGGUCGGUUUUAUGUAUAUAAUUAGAGUAAUUAUUGUAAUUAUGACAUAGGUUACUCAAAGGGCUGACCAGAAUUGAUGAUGCAAUAAUGACGAUAUUGAUGUCGUCGUAACGGUCGGGACAUGUCGUCGUAAUGGUCGGAACAUGUCGUCAACGGACAAAAGUGCAUUAAAUGCAUCUCUUAUAAAUAGUUACAGGCCCUAUGUAAUCAGCACAUUCAAACACGAAUACACACACUCAGUUACGAAUACACACAAAAGAUC